CACUUAAUAAUUAAUAAACAACAAACUAGUGCGCCUAGAGAUGAUUCAUUCGUCAUGAUUUAAGUUUCUCAUCAAGGAAAUUGAUAAUUAUUAUAUAUACAUUCCUCUUAUAUAUUAAUAGUUUCCAUUGUUUAAAUGAUAAUCAGUAAUGUGAAACAAAUUCUUCGUUCAUUUGUAUCUUAAUCUUGCUUUGAAUGAAUUCAAUAGCCACUCCCAUCGCAUAGGAGAUGUUGAAUUGAAAUAUUCUUGAAACGAUAUACGCGUAAAAGUGUGUAAUCUAGUUGAAGUUUAUAAUAGCACCAGGAAUGUGGAUUUUAUUAUUCUUGGGAUGUUUGUCCCUUAUCAGUGCACAAAACAAUUUGCAACCUGGACAACAGUACGACUAUGCUGGCAGCCCUAACUAUAUGAGCAAUGAAAUAUUUUAUGAUUUUAAAUGCCCUGAAUACUGGGUGCAACAUUAUCAAUCCUGUUAUAGAUUUGUGAAAUCUCCACAAAGGAAUUAUCAUGAUGCACGGAGAGUUUGUCAAACGUACUCAGUAGAUGCUGGUGGUUCUGACUUGGUGUCUAUAAGUAGUUCUGAGGAGCAUGGGUUUUUGGUUCAUCAAUUGAAUUUAAUAGAUCCUCAGCAUAGAAAAUGGUAUAUAGGCGCUCACCAACAACAACCUAACUACUGGGCAAACCCAGACGGCACCCAGUUAACUAAUAUGGAAAGUGCAUUUUUACCUGACAAUGAACCUUAUGGGAAAGAUUAUUUGGCCUAUAAUUUUACCAGAAAUGUUAUGCAUUGGAGUUUCCAAUUGGUUAGAGGUGAUGAACCAUUUUUAUUUAUAUGUGAAGCAAAUAUUCAAGCAGUUCAAAGAUUGGUGUCGGAUGAAAGAGAUUAUACAUAUGGUGUUGAUAUUGCGGAUAGGAAGACAAUUCCCAGAGGUCCUUAUUUCAUCAAGCAACCAAAAGAUGUCACAUUUGAUACGUCUAUGAGAACUUUGUAUAACGUAACUAGUUUGAGUUGCUUAGCUGGUGGUUACCCAGAACCUACCUAUGAAUGGUUCAGAGAAUACUAUGAAAAUGAUAGACUGGUUGCAAGAAAGAUAGAUCCACUUGAAGAUGGAAGAUAUACUGUUAGUGGUGGUGUUUUGAUAAUUUAUGAUCCUCAACAAAAAAAAGACUAUGCUACAUACCACUGUAAAGCAACAAACAAAUUUGGCACAAUCAUAUCAGAAAGCGUGCAACUGAACUUUGGAUUCAUCCUAGAAUUUGUUCUGAAACGUUCACCAGAAUCAGGAGACCAAAAUUGGGGAAAAUCUAUAUACUGUGAUCCUCCAGCCUAUUUUCCAGCUGUGAAGUACUCAUGGUCUCGUGAUUAUUUCCCAAACUUCGUCGAAGAGGAUAAACGUGUCUUUGUAUCAUAUGAUGGUGCUCUCUACUUUUCAGCAUUAGAGACCAUUGAUAGGGCUACUUACAGUUGCAGCGUAAGAUCAGAGUUCUCUGACUCUGGAAGAAAUGGGCCUUUCUUUCCUUUGAUGGUGAAUCCUCAUUCCAAUUAUCAGCAGUUGAAGUUUCCAAACAGUUUUCCCAAGGCUUUUCCAGAAGCUCCAGUAGCAGGAAGAGAAGUUCGACUAGAAUGUGUCGCUUUCGGAUAUCCUGUUCCUAGUUAUAAUUGGACCAGAACUGGCUCUUCUUUGCCUAAGAACUCGUAUUUAACUAGUUACAAUAGAGUUCUUGUUAUCCCACAUGUAGAAGUUGAUGACCAAGGGGAAUAUACAUGUAGAGCAUAUAAUGACAGAGCAAGCAUCGCCAACAGUGUCAUUUUGGAUAUCCAAGCUGAGCCCAAUUUCACUAUUCCAUUGAAAGAUAAACACAUCGAUAAAAGAGGCGAAUUAGUUUGGACUUGUGAAGCAUUUGGAAUUCCAGACGUUAAUUACACAUGGUGGAAGGAUGGUAGACAGCUAGUGUUAGGUUAUUUAUCGCCAGAAGACAGAGGAAGAAUCAACAUUCAAGAUAAUGUACUCACAAUUAGUCCAGUUGAUGAAGACAGGGAUCCCGGGAUGUACCAGUGCCGUGCUGCCAACACAUUGAAAACGAAAUAUUCUUCAGCACAAUUAAGAGUACUGUCAUUCAAACCAUCUUUCAAGAAACAUCCUGUGGAAUCUGAAACCUAUGCAGCUGAACAUGGAAAUGUAACAAUUAAAUGUAAUCCCGAAGCUGCUCCUAAACCGAAAUUUGUUUGGAAGAAAGAUGGGAAUGUUAUAGGAUCAGGUGGUCAUCGAAGAAUUUUGGAAAAUGGAAAUUUGGUUAUCAGUCCCGUCUCCAGAGACGAUGAAGGUCUGUACACUUGCAUGGCAAGUAAUCCUCUAGGGGUCGAUGAAUCAAAAGGAAGGCUGAUUGUUUUGCGAGGACCACAGUUGAUAAAGACGUUAGAACCAAGGAUCGUCUCAGCUCUUGGUAGCUCGUUUUCUCUGAACUGUCAGGCAUAUACUGAAGAAAUGUUGGACAUGGCCUACACUUGGAACCACAGACAAAUGAGAAUUAGGGAUAUAGAUAUCAAAAACUCUGGCAAUAGAAUUUAUAUUGAUGGGGGAUAUCUUAGUGUGGUGAACGUUACAUUCCCGGAUGCCGGAGAGUAUGAAUGCGUGAUAAAAUCUGCUGUUGGUCAGAUAUCCUCAAAAACGUAUGUAGUUGUUGAAGGGCCACCUGGACCUCCAGGAGGCUUGCAAGUUGUCUCGAUACAGAAAACAUCAGCUGUGAUACAAUGGACAGAUGGAGGUUCUCAUGGAUCUCCAAUUAUUUCGUAUACAAUCAGCGGAAAAACUAAUUGGAAUUCAACUUGGGUUAAUAUAAGUCACAAUGUUCAUGCUGAGGAGGUGGAACGUUACACUGGAAGAAAAGAAGCCACAAUUGAAAAUGUCUUAACUCCAUGGUCCGUUUAUGAGUUCAGAGUUGCCGCUUGGAACUCUAUUGGCAUGGGUGUACCCUCGGCACCAAGUCCUAAGCAUGCAACUCCUCCAGACAGACCUUACAUCUUUCCACAAAAUAUUGCUGGAGGUGGCGGAAAGAGAGGAGAUUUAACUAUAACUUGGGAACCAUUGAGGAAUGAUCAGCAGAAUGGUCCAGGAAUUCAUUACAAGGUUUUCUGGAAGAAAAUCUACGAAGAACCAGAAUUUCAAAGCUUGGAGCUUAAAGAAUUUGGUAAUACAGGCACAGCAGUUGUAAGCAUUUCACUUGAUGAUUACUACACUGAAUACGUUGUGAAAGUACAAGCAAUCAACGAUGUAGGAGCUGGGCCUAUCAGUAACGAACGUGUCAUAUAUUCUGCUGAAGACAUGCCCCAAGCAGCACCUCAGCUGGUGUCUGCAACAAGUUUCAAUUCUACGGCUUUAAAUGUGACUUGGCAGCCUAUAGCUCAAGACAGAGAAACAGUAAGGGGAAAACUCAUUGGUUAUAGGAUCAAAUAUUGGAAAACUGAAACUAGAGAAGCAGACAGUGUGUAUUACUUGUCUAGAACAAUAAGACCUUGGGCUUUGAUAGUGGGUCUUCAACCGGAUACCCAAUAUUAUGUCAAAGUUAUGGCUUUUAACAGUGCAGGAGAGGGUCCAGAAAGUGAAAGAUUCAUUGAGAGGACAUAUAGGAAAGCCCCUCAAAAUCCACCUUCCACAGUUCAUAUUCAGGCAAUAAAUCCUUCAACCGUUAAAGUUACCUGGCGUUAUGUACAACCCUCACAACAAGAAGAACCAAUACAAGGCUAUAAGAUUCGUGUGUGGGAGUUUGAUCAACCUUUGAGUUCUGCCAAUGAUACCAUCGUCUAUACAGGAGACAAACUUGAAGGAUUCGUCACUGGUUUAUCGCCCGGAAAAGCUUAUAGAAUGCGAGUGUUGGCUUAUUCCAAUGGUGGAGAUGGUAGGAUGAGCUCUCCAGAAAUACGCUUUCAAAUGGGCGAUCCCGAUGCUCUAGGAUUAAAAAGUUCAUGUCCUCAAGGGUGUUCAGUAUCACUAGUUGCCUUGGUUACAAUCACAACUCUUUCGCUUCUCACAAGAAUGUAUUUAUCGUGACAGUGAGUCAUAAAUGUCGAUAAGCCUUUUCAGUUUAGUUUUUAAAGAUUCAAUUGAUAAUUUAUCUAUGUCGAUCAAACGACUAUUCAGGUUUUCAAAUGAAAGAAAUUUAUACUGAUGAGACAUUUUGCUCCAAGUAAACCUAAAUUUAAUUGUUGUUCAAACAUAUCAGUAACUCUGCACAACCUAUGACGUAGAACAUGCGCCAAAUAUAAAGAUGGUGGGUACAUAUUCCACCAUUUGAUCUAUGAUGUACAUAGUGAUUUAAUUAUAACUCAACUAACGCAUACAGGUUGGCAAACCUGAUUUGUAGACAUCUAUUGUUUCAAUAAGUUUAUGAAUACGCAUAAAUCUAUCCCGCCUAGUCGGUUUCCGCAAGUUUUUUUGAAUGGUUUUUUUGACCACUCUUGCAGAGCUGACAUUUUGGGUGAGUCUUAUUUGUUGUGCAGUGAAUAUUUGAAGCAAUUAUCAAUCGAAUAAGUACCUAUUAAGAUAUAAAUUUUUAUUUCAAAGUGAUCCAAUUUCAAUCCGUCCUCAAAUUCUCGUAUGUUUAUUGUAUAGAUAUUUUUAUUACAUAGAAAAGGUUAUUUUUUGUAUUUUAUAUAGAAAGACUGAACCUCAUUUUAUACAGCAAAUGUUUUUCUAUAGUUGAAGAAUUUUAUAAAAUGAAUAAAGUCUACUUUUAUGUAACAAAA